UUCUCCGUAAGUAAGCAUUGCACGAUAAGGGAUUAUAUAUAAAGCAGCUGCGGGGUUAAGUACAUUUGUUAUAUGUAGAGUGAAGCCAAAGGAAGGACGUGAUUGAGUGAGCAAAAUGGAACCUGAAAGCCCAGCUUUGUUGCUUAUUUUGUUUGCAACCCUACUUUGGUUCUUAGCCACAACACUUUCCAGAGGCAAAUCUCCACCACCCUCUCCCACCACCAUUCCCAAAGCAUAUCCUGUCAUCGGUUCGGUGUUCUCCAUCGCCGCCAACAACCGCCGCCGCAUCCACUGGAUCUCCGACAUCCUCCACGCCUCCCCCUCCUCCACCUUCGUCCUCCACCGCGCCUUCGGCUCCCGCCAGGUCUUCACGGCGAACCCCACCGUUGUCCAGCACAUUCUCAAGACCAACUUCCCUGUGUACCCCAAGGGCCUGACUCUGAAUCGGGCCCUUGGAGACUUCCUCGGCCAGGGUAUCUUCAACUCAGAUGGCGCUGGAUGGAAAGUUCAGCGCCAAAUUUCCAGCCACGAGUUCAACACUCGCGCUCUCCGCAAGUUCGUCGAAACCGUGGUCGACGCCGAACUCUCCGGCCGCCUCCUCCCCCUCCUCGCCGCCGCCGCCAAAAACAAAACCGUCAUCCCCGACCUUCAGGACAUCCUCCAACGCUUCACGUUUGACAACAUCUGCAAGAUCGCGUUCGGCUUCGACCCGGAGUAUCUCCUCCCCUCCCUCCCGUUAACCCCCUUCGCCACCGCCUUCGACGACGCCACCAGAAUCAGCAGCGAGAGGUUCAACGCCGCCUUCCCUCUCUUCUGGAAAAUCAAAAGCCUCCUCAACCUCGGCUCCGAGAAGCGCCUCAAGGAAGCGAUCUCCGAGGUAAGAGGCUUAGCAAGGAGAAUCAUCGUAGAAAAGAAGAAAGAGUUUCAAGAGAAAGAAACUCUGGACACCUUGGAUCUGUUAUCACGGUUUUUGUGCUCUGGCCACUCCGACGAAGAGUUCGUUAUGGAUAUUAUCAUAAGCUUCAUUUUAGCGGGGAGGGACACUACCUCCGCGGCGCUAACGUGGUUCUUCUGGCUGAUUUCCAAGCACCCGAAAGUGGAGGAGGAGGUGGUUAAGGAGGUUAUGGAGAAAGACGCGGCAUACACGCACGUGUAUGAUGAGGUGAAGGACAUGGUAUACACGCACGCGGCGUUGUGCGAGAGCAUGAGGCUGUACCCGCCGGUGCCGGUGGAUACGAAGGAGGCAGGGGAAGACGACGUUUUGCCGGAUGGGACAGAGGUGAAGAGAGGGUGGAGAGUGGCGUAUCAUAUUUACGCGAUGGGGCGGUCGGAGAAGAUAUGGGGGGCGGAUUGGGGCGAGUUUAGGCCAGAGAGGUGGCUGAGUAGGGACGAGGUGGAAGGGAGGUGGAAAUUCGAGGGGGUGGAUGCUUUUACUUAUCCGGUUUUUCAGGCUGGACCAAGGGUGUGUUUGGGAAGGGAAAUGGCGUUUUUGCAGAUGAAAAGACUUGUGGCCGGGAUUAUCAAGAGCUUCAAGGUGCUGUCGGAGGUGGCCGAACCCGAGUUCGCUGCGUAUCUCACUUCUUUCAUGGUUGGUGGCUUCCCUGUCAGGAUUCAGAACCGUACGUAACGUAGCAGCCACAUUUCUUUUUUGCUAGAACGAUUGUUUUAACUAGAUAACUAUUUACAUAUUAUCCAUCACAAAUAUUCUCUUGUUGGCAAUAGAGCAUGCUGUAUUUGCAGACUUGAUGUGUUUUAUUAUAUGCUUGAGUUUGUUUGUAAAAUAAUUGUUCAUCUCUCCCUUGUAUAUAUAAAGAAAAAGGUUUAAUGGGAAGUAAGAAAAACAUUAUUUUACC